UGACCAGAGCAUCGAAUGAAUUCGUCGCAGUAUAUGGAUAAACAGAUCAUGGAUCUAUCGAGCUCACUCAGCAACAAUGACUUCAUCAACCUUCACGACGACCAACAUCACAUCACCGGCGGUGUAAAAGGGGAAAACCAUCCUGUUCGCCCAAUUGAAUCGUUCCCCAAUUAUAACAUUGAUUGGAUUCAGGUUGAUGGAGCUAGGGCUUGGAAUUCUGCUGAUACCAAAACCAACACUAAUUAUAGUUCUCCUGACUCAAUAGAACCAGCCAAACUCAUCGUGGAAAAAGAUUUGAGCACUAUUGAUGCAUCUUUGUUAUCUGAAAUUGAUCAUACUGUGAAGAAGUAUGCUGAUAAUCUUCUACAUGCAAUAGAGAGUGUGAGCGCUCGACUAUCACAAUUAGAAACUAGAAGUCGCCAGAUUGAAGCUUUUGUUGUGGAACUCAAGUUGUCUGUCGAUAAUAACCAUGGGAACACUGAUGGAAAACUAAGACUGGUGGAAAAUAUUCUCAGAGAGGUGCAAGAUGGUGUACAGGUCAUAAAGAAUAAACAGGAUAUAAUAGAUACUCAACUGCAGCUCACAAAAUUGCAAGUUCCAAAAUUUGAGCAGGAAAUAGACACCCACAAUACUACACAUGUUGACUCAGCGCAUCAUAGGGCAUCUGCUCCUCUUCAAUCUCACCAACAAUUUCCUCCUGUUGCGCUUGCUCAAUCGCCUUCCCCUCUUCCUCCACCAAAUGCUCCACCACCCCCUCUGCAACAGAAAAUUCCACCUCAAGUUGAGCUUCAGGACCAGUUUCCCCAUAAUCCAAUUCCUUCCGGCACUCAACGAGAAACUUACUUCCAAUCAACUGGUCAAGCACCAGAAAACUCUAGUCAGCAGUACCAACAGUCUGCACCACAUCAGCAGCGACAGACUUCUAUCCCACCACCUCCACAUCAACAGUAUCAGCCUUCCCCUUCAUCAUUGUACUCUCAGCCACCUCCACCUUCUCAAACUCAUCCGCCUCUUCCAUCUGUUAAUCCCUCACAACCUCAACCUCCAUUGAUCCAUCAUCCUGAGGAGAGACAUUUUAUAGCAUCGCAGACCUAUCCACCAGCAAACACUAGUCAAUCUCCCUCUCAUCCAUCAAGUGGAGCCCCUGUGUCCCAUCAGUUUUAUGCAGCUCCCCCUAAUCUGUUUGAGCCCCCAUCUAGCAGACAGGGUCCUGGAUUUGCCAGUGCAUAUGGCCCAUCAACUGAACCUGGUGAAUCUUAUCCUUAUAGCGGGUCCACAGUCCAGUAUGGCAGUGGUUACCCGUUGAAAUCACAGCAACUUGCUUCACCCUCAAUGGGCCAGAGUGGUGGAAAUGGUUACCCACAGCUUCCCACAGCAAGAAUAUUACCUCAAGCGCUGCCUACUGCUUCUGCAGUUAGUAGUGGGUCUAGUUCUCCUCGUACUGGAAAUAGAGUUCCUAUUGAUGAUGUAGUUGAUAAAGUGACAAAUAUGGGAUUUCCAAGAGACCAAGUAAGAGCAACUGUGCGGAGACUGACAGAGAAUGGACAGUCAGUUGAUUUGAAUGUGGUGUUGGACAAAUUGAUGAAUGGUGGGUAAGGCCAGCCGCCACAAGGCUGGUAUGAUAGGUGACAUGUUUCCACUUGUUCAUGUUUCUCUACAGAAGUUUGAGGUGCAUAUACGGAAAUAAAGAAAAUCACAGACCAAAUUUGGAAAAAGGACAAUCUCUGUUUGGAUUUAAACGGUCUCUGUUUACUUCUGUCAUAUAACUUCUUUCUUGUGCUUACAGAGUAUUUAUUGUUUAUUAAUAUGGUAUUUCCUUCCCCCA